AUGACAACUUCAGGGCAGCAACCAAUAAUAAAGAGUAUAAAUUUUAGUGAAUUGAAACCGCUUGAAGUUUUUAAAUACCCAUAUCAAGCUUCUUCAAUACUUUGGGGAGUCAAUUCCAGCAAUUUUUCUGAUUCAAUAUCACAAAUUGCAGAUUUAAUCAAAACAGAGAAAACACCAAUCAAAAUGGCGCUAUACUUAAUUGAUAUCUUCUCAAAUAUGCGUGUUAAAAAUAUUGCAAUUUAUGCACAAAUUUACAAAAAACUAAUAACUGAUUUUUCAAUUUCUGUGACACCAUCAAAUCAAAGAUUAGAGACAUUAAUAUCUACCGAUUUCAAAUUUGAUGGAUCAGAACCUCAACCUAAAAAAAUCGAAGAAAUUCUCGAUGUUUAUUCAAAAGAAAAUCCAUUAUAUUACAUCACUUGGGACAAAGUUGACGAACUUAAAAGCAAAUUCCCAAACAUUGAUGUGAAUCAAGAAUAUGAUGAAAAUUUGA